ACCGCUGACGGUCAGCUGCGUGGCGGAGACAGCACAAACCAAGGGCUCGAUGUAUUGUAUUUACGUAGACUGAGCCAUUAAAACGCUGUAUUCACAUCUCAAGCCUCAUAUGCCAUCUCAAAAACAAAGACGGUGCAGAAUCUCCUGUCUGAGGUGCAAUGGCUAGAAAGACAGACAUUCCUCCUUCAUACUAUGGUGAGCCACGCAAGUUUGACCCAAGCUUCAGAGGACCUAUCCAUAACAGGGGCUGCACGGAUGUGUUGUGCUGUGUUAUCUUCGUCAUCGUCAUCCUCGGCUACAUCGCUCUGGGCACCGUGGCUUGGAUCCAUGGCGACCCCAGGAAGGUGGUCUACCCCACCGACAGCCACGGACAGUUCUGUGGACAGCAGGGGACCCCCAACACCAACAAAGCCAUAUUAUUAUACUUCAACAUAUUGCAAUGUGCCAAUCCUGCCGUUCUUAUUAACCUCCAGUGCCCUACAACCCAGGUAAGAGCUGCCUCUUUACGCGUCACACAUUAUGCUCUUAUGUCCCCGCUCAUUUUGUCUCGCUUGAUUAUACAAGGUCAGUGUUUUCUGUUGUUAAGCGUUGAUGAAUGUUUGGCUCUACCUCUGUUUUCCCAGCUCUGUGUCUCCAAGUGCCCAGACAGAUUCGCCACAUACCUAGACAUGCAGUACAACUACAGGUACAACAACAGCUACUGGGAGUAUUACAGGCAGUUCUGCAAGCCGGGCUUCGACAAUCCUAGAAAGUCAGUUGCACACGUGUUGAGAGAUGAAGACUGCCCAUCUAUGAUAGUGCCAAGCAGACCUUUCCUUCAGAGGUGCUUCCCUGACUUCAUCACCAGGAACGGGACGCUAACUGUCGCCAACAAGACGGACUUCAAAGACGGGUUAGGUAAAACGAGGAGCGUGAUCGAUCUCAGGGACGCUGCCAAUGGCAUUACCAGUCUGCUAGAUGCCAAGGAGGUUGGCAUGAAGAUCUUUGAGGAUUACGCCAGCUCCUGGUACUGGAUUUUAAUAGGUCUGGUGAUAACCAUGGUGGUCAGCCUGGCUUUUAUCCUGCUGCUACGGUUCACAGCCGGAGUUCUCCUGUGGCUCAUCAUCUUUGGAGUCAUCGCUGUGGUGGGCUAUGGGAUCUGGCACUGCUACUGGGAGUUCAGUACACUGAGAGGGAAUCCACACAGUGAUGGUGAUGUAGCCAUCUCUGACAUGGGCUUUCAGACGGACUUCAGGGUUUACCUGCAGCUCAGUCAGACCUGGCUCAUCUUGAUGAUCUCCCUAUCAGUGAUUGAGGCAGUCAUCAUAGUAAUCCUGAUAUUCCUGAGGAGGAGAGUAUGCAUCGCCAUCGCUCUGCUGAAGGAGGGGAGCAGGGCCAUUGGUUACAUCAUGUCCACUCUCUUCUACCCGAUCAUCACUUUUGUGCUGCUGUCCAUCUGCAUAGCAUACUGGGCAGUCGUCGCUGUCUUCUUAGCGUCAUCUGGCGAUGCUGUCUACAAGGUCAUGUCGACGCAGGACAAAUGCAUGUAUGCCAACCUCACCUGUGAUCCAGAGACGUUCAGUCAGACCAACGUGACCACGGUGUGCCCGGGCUCCCAGUGCACCUUUGCCUUCUACGGCGGCGAGAGCCUCUACCACCACUACAUCUUUGUGCUGCAGCUGUGCAACCUGCUGGUGUUCCUGUGGCUGGUCAACUUCACCAUCGCCCUGGGACAGUGCACCCUGGCUGGGGCCUUCGCUUCCUACUACUGGGCCCUGAAGAAGCCCCAAGAUAUACCAUCAUGCCCCCUGUUCUCCUCCUUUAGCAGGGCUGUACGGUACCACACAGGCUCUCUGGCGUUUGGCUCUCUGAUCCUGGCCUUAGUGCAGAUGUUCCGCAUCGUUCUAGAGUAUCUGGAUCACAAACUCAAAGGUGCUCACAAUGCUUUUGCCCGCUUCCUGAUUUGCUGUCUCAAAUGCUGCUUCUGGUGCCUGGAACAUUUCAUCAAGUUCAUGAACAGGAAUGCCUACAUCAUGAUUGCGAUAUAUGGAAAGAGCUUCUGCACUUCGGCCAAGGAUGCUUUCUUCCUGCUGAUGAGGAACGUAGUAAGGGUGGCAGUGCUGGAUAAGGUGACAGACUUUCUGCUCCUCUUGGGAAAAGUGCUUAUUUCAGGGAGUGUUGGUGUUCUAGCAUUCUUCUUCUUCACCCGUAAGAUUCCAUUUAUUCAAGAGGAGGUGCCAUCACUAAAUUACUACUGGGUCCCCCUACUGACGGUGAUAUUUGGAUCCUACCUGAUCGCCCAUGGCUUCUUCAACGUCUAUGCUAUGUGUGUGGACACCUUAUUCCUUUGUUUCUGUGAAGACCUGGAGAGGAACGACGGCUCGCCCCUCAAGCCCUUCUACAUGUCCCCUCAACUGCACAGGAUCCUCCGCAGAGAGCAGGGCUCCAAGCUCUACGCUGCCUCCUGAGAAGCCACAACACUGAACCUCUUUCCCCUGAUAGGCCACAACACUGAACCUCUUUCUCCUGAUAGGCCAGAACACUGAACCUCUGUCUCCUGACAGGCCAGAACACUGAACCUCUGCCUCCUGAUAUGCCAGAACACUGAACCUCUGUCUCCUGAUAGGCCAACACACUGAACCUCUGUCUCCUGAUAGGCCAGCACACUGAACCUCUGUCUCCUGAUAGCCAGAAUGCUGACACACUGAAGCACUGACCCAUUCACCGUCUGUGUGUGGGAGUGAUUGUGGUCUGGAGGAUACUAGAUCAGGGCCUUAUGGCUGGGCUGGACUCAUGAAUGGAGGUGACCUGACUGGUCCAGGACUGACCAGGAAAGCCUUGGCAGGACCCAAGAGGGUGGUGAAUGUGGGCGGGGUUUAGAAAGAGGCGGAGCUCUAUUCAACUUCCUCCCUCUCACCGCCGCUGAUACUUCUGAUAUUUGCCUUUUUUUCUCUGCCGUGCUUCUGUCCGUUUCUCUGCCGUGCCGACACUCUGCUGACCUCUGCCUUACUUAGAGAGCGCUGCAGCAGCCAUUAGCCCCAUACACUGCAAGAGGCACACACACUGCAGAAGGAGAUCUGUGUUUCGGAUGCAAUUGGUGAACUUUUGAAGAUGGUAAAAAAAAAAAAAACAUUCUGGAGUUGUGGGGUGAUGCAGGGCAAGGUCGCCCCCUUGUGACACUACUGUGUUUGUGCAAUGGUUCCAUGUACUGUAAUGUAAGGUCAUGUGUACGGUGAGGUUGCCCUUCGUCACUGAUCUUGGGUCAGCUUAGCAUUUUCCUCAACCAUGGUUAAGGUUAGGAUUGGGGGAGGGGAAGCUGAUCCUAGAUCUGUACCUAGGGGAAACUUCACCCCAGAGCUAUUUUUAGGCGCUCUCAUAUGUGGGAAAAUAACCCUGAGGUGACUUUUCUGUCUAGCAUGAUUAUUUUAAUGGCUGUUUAGGCUUAACAUUGUUUGAAGAGGCACCUUUAGUCCACCAUAUUUAUUGACACUGUUACAGACACUGUUACAGAGUCCAGGGCACAAGCACACUGCUCCAAACUUAACGUGCAAUGCUACAGAUAGAUAAACUGAACACACUCCUAAAUUCAGACAUUUGAAGGAUGUUUUGGUUUUACACUGUAAGGUGUAACACUGGAUAUUGGUUUUACACUGGAUAUACUGUAAGUGACAGUUCUAAUGUAGGCUGAGGGAGGUCAAGACUUCUGAACACAUUUUAUGCUUAUGGUGAAUGAUUUGAAUGGACCCUGACACCUUUCAGGGAUUCCGACUGCAGUUGCUAGUAAAUGUGCCUAGUUCUACAUGGAGAAAUAUUCCUAUUGAUUGUUGUGUGGUUUUACGAUUUUAUGCUGAGAACCUUUGAAAUACCGUUUAUAAAAGGAUGUUAAAGCCAUUUUUGGUAUUUUUAUAUGGAAUAGUGCAGACGUGCAGUAGUGCUGUUUUUAAUACUAGGUACUGUAACACACAUCUGUUUGCAGGAUAUUUAAUGUUUUUGUACAGGAUAACUCUUUUUGUAUCGAUGACUCCAUGAACAUGUGAAAUCUUUUUUUGAAAUAAAUGUGAAUGGUUUCAUUAUA